ACAUGCUCAAAGCCACACUAAUGUAAACCCACACUUCAUCUCUUAUUUACUUUUAUGCCAUUCUAGGUUAUGGUGGUGUUUGUUAACGGCAAAACCUCCAAUUCUUCCGUUACCGUCAACUCCGGUGACGGAACCCUAACUCAGUAACUAUACGAUGACGACAAAGAAGAGCAGCUUAAAACGACCGGAGAGAUUAACGGAGAAAUUGACGGCGGUUAACGGCCGUGUGGCGGACAUGAUUUCCGGUGCGGUUACGCGACCGAAACUGACGAAGUUGUUGCUUAAGGUGACGGUUGAGAGAAGCUUAGUUCCGGUGCAUGUUUUGAUUUCGCCGGAAUCCACUGUCGGUGACCUUAUUGCUGCCGUUUUACAGCAGUAUUCGAAGGAAGGACGGCGGCCGGUGAUUGAGGCGUUCAAUUAUCCUGGAUUUGAUCUUCAUUACUCGCAGUUUUGUUUAGAAAGAUUGUCUAGAGACGAGAAGUUGAAUGAGUUAGGUUCACGGAAUUUCUUUCUCUGUUCUAAGCAAUCGGCCGCCGGUGCCGGAAGUAAUGGCGGUGUGAUGACUGCUUCACCGUCGUCGUCGUCUACAUGCUCGGAGGAUACAGGGGAAGUGAUGAGAGGCGAAGCGGUUUUAUUCAGAUUUAUGGAAUUCAUGCUGUGAGAUAUAUGAUUUUUCGACUCCUCACGGCCAUGGUUUGUUUUUUUUAGCAAAUUAGGGUUUUCAUUCAGAAGGGAUGAUUGUUAGUCUACUCAGCUGUUCUUAUGUAAUCUGCCCUCAUGAAAAUUAAAAAGAUUUGUACUAAAAAAAAAUUAAGAAGAAAGAAUGUUUAUGUUCCCGAGUCAUUUAACAAGGGGAGGGGAGGGGAGAGGAGGGGAAAAUUUUCUCUCAUAAUCUCUCUAAUUUGGGAGGAUGAAUAUAUGGUCAUAUUUUCUUCCCUUUUCCUUCCCUCCCCCCUGUUAAAUGAAACUCGGGAAUAUAGUUUUUUAUA